AUGAUGGGAUUUGAAUGGGGGUUUAAGCCCAGCAGUAAAGUACCUCAGAGUACAGUAAGUUCACAAGGCACAGGCAAUGUAGUGGUGCCAAAUUCCGGAGUGAAACAGAAAAGGCGGUAUAACAACGAGGAGCAACAAGAGGAAGAACCACCUCGUAGCAAGCAUGUGAUGAAAUAUGGUGGUGUCUCCAAGAGGAGGCCUCACCCAGGCUCGCUCAUCAGAGGUCAACCUCUGCCCUUGCAACGAGGCAUAGAACUAAUGAACAAGGACCAAUUACAGCAGUUGUUGGUGGAUUUGAUGACAAAGCAUCCAGAUAUACAGCAAAGUGUUCAUACGAGAGUCAUCGGACUAGAUUUCAGUAUACAAAAGUGCCUUGACAUGCUGAAACAGAAAUCAGAAGCUGUUUACCAGAGCAUACCUUACAAUAGGUCUUACGAGAGUAAUAAAUUAGAUGACUACGCUUUCGUGAGGAUGAAGCCUCAAAUUCUAGAAUUCCUUAACUGUUUAGUGGAUUUCAUACUGGAUAAUAUUCCACCACGAUUGGAAAAUUUGCACGCAUCAUUGAAAUUCUUAGACAUUUGCACGGAAUUAGUUAUUAAACUGCCCAGGUUUGAAUUAGCUAGUAACAAUUACUACUACGAUAAAUGCAUUGAACAAUUAUCCCAUGUAUGGUGUACGCUUAUUGAACAUAUUGCCCGUGACAGGAUAAUUUUAUUGGGAGAUAAUAGCUCCGUGUGGAAAACUCAUAUGACAAGGCUACAAAUAUACAAUGAACAUUCAAAUGGGUUACUGGAACGCCCACUCCAGCUGUUUAAAUCGUUAGAUAUGGGUACCUCUUCAGCGGCAUCAUCAUCAACACUAUCAUUUCAAGAAAGUAUUAUUUGCCACCACGAUACCAUGACGGCAAACGAAAACAAUAACAAUAGUGGUCCUGCUACUGAUUCGCCUUUUGAGUAA